UGCCAGUAACGGUUAUAGUAUCGAAUUUAACCGGUUGAAGAUUGGAGACGUGCCUCGGAAUGAGGAAAAUGAGCCUUCUCCUUCUCCAAGCUUCCAUGCCACUGGCUUCACGCACACUCCCAAAACGACUCCCCUUAGCGUCCCCUCUCGCUCUGAUUCACUUGCACACCAAAACAACAACCACAAUAGCGUUCUCUUCCAAAAAUUCACCCGUGUCAUCCUCAUCUUCGAUGUCGCACUUCACUCACUCCCUCACCUUGCCGAUUCAACCCCACCUACCCGUCCAAAUUACCGCUGCCCCAGGCGUAUCUGAUUCUGAGUUCAGGAUUGCUAUUGGGUCCUCGUUGUUCAACAAGUGGUUGAACAACUUGCAGAGUGAAACUGGGAUUUUAGCGAAUGGAACAAUGUUGUUGCAUCGAGUGCUUAUUCAGGGAGUAGAUAUGUUUGGCAGGCGUGUUGGCUUUCUCAAAUUCAAAGCAGAUAUUAUUGAUAAGGAAACAGGAAAUAAGGUUCCAGGGAUAGUAUUUGCUAGAGGACCAGCCGUGGCAGUGCUAAUUCUUUUGCAGUCAGAGGGUGAGACUUUUGCAGUUCUAACUGAACAGGCUAGGGUCCCCACUGGGAAGGUUGUUUUGGAACUGCCUGCUGGAAUGUUGGAUGAUGAAAACAAUGAUAUUGUCGGUACAGCAGUUCGUGAGGUUGAAGAGGAGACUGGCAUAAACUUGAAACUUCAAGACAUGAUUGACCUCACAGCUUUCUUGGAUGCAUCUACCGGACACAGAGUUUUUCCUUCUCCAGGAGGUUGUGAUGAGGAAAUUAGCCUCUUUCUCUAUAGAGGGCAUGUUGAUAGAGAGAUCAUCACACAGCUGCAAGGGAAGGAAACAGGUCUUCGUGAUCACGGUGAGCUGAUCAACGUCCGUGUCGUUCCCUAUGAAAAACUCUGGCGAAUGACAGCUGAUGCAAAAGUUCUGAUGGCUGUCUCACUCUAUGAAAUGGCUAAGAAAGAUGGGCUUUUGCCCCAUUCAGAAUGCUAGCGCGCUGCAAUCCCGUGCCUCUACAUUAUUAAUGUUGUAGGGUUGAAUCACUGCUAUGCUGAAAGCCACUGCCUCGUAUGGGCUCUUGGCUAUUUCAGUGCUUUUGUUUUCUUUUUUCAUAAGAAGUCAUUUCAUAAGGUACUUUUGCGAUUUAUCCCUAUGUUCAAAAAAUUUGAGAUUCCUUUGUAGUUUGGUCAAUGUUAGUAGACCCUGGCUGACUAAA